AUGACUAACGCGCAGAGUCCUGUUCUUCUUCCCUCGCAGUUCAUGCCGCAGAAGGAGGACACGAGAAGCACGGACGCGUACGAGGAGCUUGUCGCCAAUUACAUUUCAUUGAAAGCUAAAAUGAACCCACUGCUUUCGUCGCAAGUGGAAACCAUACGUUUUAGUGAGGUUGUGGAUCUUAGGCGGAAUUAUAUCGGUGCCGUUGGGCUUCAGGCUGUGACGAGCCUCCUUGUGAAGAACGACAAGUUGAAGGAGCUCAUUGUUCCUUGCAGUGGUCUCAACAAUGACUCUGUUGCUUUCUUCUGUCGGGCAAUGAUUAAGCAUCGGAGUCUAGAAAAACUCGAUUUUUCAGGUAACACUAUUUCUCUCACUGCCGGAUUGGCGGUCCUUUCACUGCUGCAACAUAACCCUGGUAUUGUACAUGCCGACCUGAGCAACACACAGGUACCUGAAGGAGUUAUGAAGAAGAUUGAGAAGGCUCUUGAACGAAAUAGACUGUGUGAGACGGCAGGUAAUGCCUCAGGUAAAGAGGUGGCCACUCGCGAGGAGUGUGCUGAGGGGCGGUGCGCAAUUGAAGCAUUCAGGGUGGACGCUGAGGGGAAUAGGAUCACUGGCACUGUUGUUGAAGAGAAACCGGCAACAAGUACUUUUGCUUCAACAAUGCGGGAGACGGUGCGCAAGGCUGAUUGGAUGCAGAAGGAAACGGUUGCACUAGAUCGGCUUUCCACCUUUACAAAGUCGGUGGUUGCUUCAGGUAACAAGUUUGUUCCCCUUCCCCACAUCGAAUCCGGGUGGCGGUUGUUGGAGGUGGCCAUCCUGGCUCCACCAUUCAUAUUCCAUUCGGAAACAGAGCUGCUCCUCAACCGGGUGUUUCCUCUGUUGAAUGAGGAAUUCGUUGGAAGCAGGGUCCAUCUUAAUCCCUUAUUUAGCCCCCCAGAGGAGCCGGCCGGCGUGUGCCUGAAGAAUCUACGUUUUGCCAUUCAGGUGGAUGUUUUGCGUGACGUUGAGAAGUCUCGAUUCUUGACUCUUGAACUUAUAGGAGACCGUGAAGGAGACUAUCGCGCCAUGACGGCGAACGACAUGUUGAACCGUCAGAGUUUGGGCGCACCCUACCGACUCAGGUCCAUGAGCUCACAAGUGGUUCCCUCCGAAAGUCCUCAAGCUCCACCACUUCAGCCAGUUUUACAUGCCGCACACAGACGAGCUAUGGAGGUCUCCAGUUGGCGUAUAAUAGCCACGCGGAAGGGAACCCGCAAGCUUGGAAUUCCACCCUCAUUGGCGCCGCUACUGACGGAGGAACCCCCUAUUGAGCACCCAGACUAUCUUCAACGGCAGGUGCGCCGUACGUGCACUGUGGCUGCAAAAGAAGUGUGCCCAUCACAGUUAAUUUGUUGCGAUGCUGCUGUAAAGGAGAAGAAGUGGCAGGAGCACCAGGUGUUCAAACAGUACGUUGUUGAGGGAGCAGAUACACCAGAGCUCGUGAUACCUGACUACAACGCUGAGUUUGACCGGUGUGGUGCAGACGGCCAGGUCCACCUUAAGCAUUUGGAAGAGUUCUGUCAAGCCGUGUAUGAGCGGAUACAACGCGUGAUGUCGGCCCACUUUCCACCGGUUAAGGAAGGACACCCUUCGUACUUCUAUGGAUCGGCCGAGAAGGAAAAGGUGUUACAAAAACUAAAACAAUAUCACGAAUGGUUACACACACUUCUCUUCUCGCGCCUUCACUGUCAUUUGGUGAAAAAGAAUAUCACCAACCGAUUGGACCUGUACGUUAUUGCGCCGCCUAGCAGAAAUUCUCUGUUGUUGCAUAGUGCAGACAUCAGUGCAGUCAGUGAACUCAUUUCAUCAUUCACGUGGGGACUACUGACGAAAAGCGCGCAGAAAUGCCGUGUAGCGUACCACACGACACACUCUGCUCUGCUGACAGAGGAGCCCACAGAGCUCCGCAAUAUUAUAUGUACCAUUAUUCAUCAGUUGUAUCCUAAUCAGGAGGUGUAUCGAUCAGCGAUCGGUGAGGUGGACUUGGGUCGGCUUCAAAAACUGUUUUUGGAUACCAUAACAGAAAAGGGAAAGAUGGCUGAGCAACUUAACGGCAACGGCGAUGCUAAGUCCGAUGGAAAUGAAAAAGUUAUUACUGUUGUUAUUCUAGAUGGAAUAGAUAAUGUCAUUGCGCCCGUAGAACCGUGCACGGCACUAAGGAUGUGCGAGAAAACUGGGAAAGACGUUUGGGAAGCGCCAGCUCUACGACCUGGUGCUUUCGCUUGUUUGCCGUAUUGUUUGUCCCGCAACGUACGACUGGUGUUGGGAUGUGAGACGGAUUCCACACUGUACAAACAAUUACAAACACGUGGCAAAGACAGCGUAGAGUUCCUCCCAGUGGGUAACAUGACGCCUAAUGAUUUUGAUGAUAUGCUUCGACCUGAGGUCAUGGGAAGAAUUGGUGUGACCCUGUCGGACGAUGACUUUAUGUUGAUUCGUCAGAAGGAGCAAGCACUGUGCCCAGAGUAUGUUUUACAGGUUGUAGAUGUGCUACGCAGUUUUAAUGAGGCACCUGGUCUGGGGACACAUGCAAUAAAGGUUUCACUACCCGGCACAGUUGAUGGUAUGGUGCAACAGGUCUAUGACAAACUGAACGAUAGCUUUGGCACGGCCCUUAUCCGAAAGUGCACGCGUUUGCUCGUUUGUUCCCGAUGGGGUAUUCAUGAACCCCAACUGCGUGCCAUGUUACAGUUGACCUGCACGCGUUUUAACCGCUUAAUUCGCAUGAUGAGGCCCUUGAUUUACAGUGGCACAGUAUGUAACAUUGGAACAGAAGGUGGAAACGCUCUUAACGUUCGUGUCUGUAUACGAUCACGCGCGUUCCGCGAGCUGAUUAAACGCGAAGAUGUUCUGGAGGAGGGAAGCGAGAGCGAUUACAAGGUGUGGCACGGUAUGCUGCUGCGUUGUUAUCAUGAUGUGGUGCACGAGGUUCUUGGGCGUGAGAAAGGGGAGGUGCUUCUUGGACUAUCAUCAACAAAUCCGUUCGAGCGAACGGCGGUAAAGGAACUACCGUACCACGCUGUGGAGGCGCAGGAAGCUCACGUCAUACACCGCGUCGUGCUAACCAUGCCCUAUUUGAUGGUUGUAUACCGUAAUUCACUCGGUUACCAUCUGGUAAGGGAGCUCAUCAGUGCCUUUAAUUCCUUCCAUGAGUCCUAUGAAGUUGGUGAAUAUACAUUCGACGAAGAUGUUGAUGUAACCACCCGCCAGAAACCAACAUCAAUUCUUCGUCUACGCGACUACAUAUACUUUUUGCGGCAGUAUAACUCAAAAUUAACCAAGUAUCCACACCUGGUGGUUGGGACAGCGAUUGAAAGUGGAAACCGGUACCCAUACGUUUCAAUGGAUGCGAGAGCGUACGUUACUCAAAUGCUAACCAUCACCUGCCCACUCCGCCAGCGCCGCCUAUCGUUUUUCACCACUAUGGCCCUUUCAGCGAAAAAACAAAUUCAUCAGAGGACGAUUACCGCUUGCUGCAUUCCCUCACGCGGUAAACGUAUUAUCACCGCUAGUGCCGAUCGCAGUAUCUGCGCGGUACAUCCUGUUACGGGUGCUGUAGAAGUGCAGGUGAGGCGCUCGCCGUCUGCUGUGGAAAGUUUAUUGUGGUGCGAAACGGGAGCUUACCACGCCACAGUUUGUCACGACCGUACGUUACUAAUCUAUGACAGUGCGGAGAUGAACAUCGUCUCCCGGUGCGAUGGCGGCACUUUUGGAGCACCACUGACUUCUGUGGCCUUCUCUGCCCGUGGCCGUUUCUACUUAGUAACCACUGAGGAUCUCUACCUUCGCGCUUACGACACAGAAAAAACUUCUGUUGUACUGGAUGUGGAUCAGCGCCAUUUCUUGGAAAAAUGCGAGAUGGCAGACAUCAACAGGAUACGAGGCUUCACUACCGUGUUGCCGCAUAGGUCCGAGGACGAAAUAUUCUACAGUGUUUGUCACAAUGUUGUAAUAAUGUGGCAAUUGAGUACUGCACGCAAUGCCUUCGAAAAGGAGAGAACCUUUAGCCUUCCCUUCAGCGUAGAAUCCGGAAAGAUGAUUCGCUCCUGUACCCACUUUCUUCUUUACCCAGCACCAUUCCCUCCAACAGCCAGCGGACAUUUGCCACCACCCCGGCAACUGCGGUUGUGCGAUGUGGAAGCGGGGCGGGAAGUGGCCGUAUUGGUGAGCUCUUGCAAUCACGUAGUGUAUCAACUCUCCUCAAAUGAGCGGAUGGUGGCGGCCGGGCUUGAAGAUGGAUCCGUUGCAGUCUACCGUCUUCCGUGGUCACGGAUACGACAAGUUGGAGAUGCGGCUGUGGAUGUUCUCACGGUGACGCCAACAAAUCACUUCAGCGCAUUCCGCUAUUCCGCUUUACCCACUGUGAGCGGGUUACGCUUCAAGUGGGGUGACGAUGGCAUUUUCGCCUUGGGCAACGACAAGCAGUUGAAGUUUUGGGUGCUUCCAAGGAAGCAUAUGCCCUUUCCCGUGCCUGACGAUGACACUGUAGAUGAAAUGCAAGGAGAGAGCAUUGAACUAAUGGAAGAAGAACCUGAAGAUGAGGUCAUAGAAGGCGUGGCUGAUGCUGAGUUUGUUCAUGAAUGUGAAAUUACUGCUUGGGAUGUGGCUACAGAGCCUAGCGAUAAGGCCGCGGCGGUGGUAAUUGGUGACCCGACGGGCCGGUUAACGAUGUUACGCAUGUGGAGUCCGGCGACAUAA